CUGCAGCGCAUCGCGGAAGCAGAAACUAAAUAUCAGCCAAAACAAAAUGGGAGCAUCGCUGGACACCCCGGCGAGGUGUCCCCUGUGUAACGAGCAGACCCGGGACCCCGUCACUCUGAAGUGUAACCACCGGUUCUGUCAGCGGUGUAUCGGAGACUUGUGGAGUGUGUCCCCAGACGGGCCGUACCACUGUCCGGAGUUCAGGUGCAAAACAGUGUACCAGACGCUGCCGUUUGCGUUUGGCAGCAAGCGGCCGCCCAACAACAGUCAAUGGACUCAGCCUCGCGGCGCUGCAGGCACAUCCAGUAAUGAUGAAACCACAUUUGACUCCAUUCUGCGGAGGCCCUCGCUCAGCAGCCGACUUCUAGGGAAGAGAAAAGCCAGCACCCCUGUACCAGAGCAACCUGACACAAAGCGAUCAACUGUCGAAUCUCCCCGCGAACGGUCCAGUGACACGGAGACCCCCACCACUUCCUUCUCAGAUAAACCUGGGCAGUCGACUAGUGUAGAGACACCCAACAAGAAAGUGCCCCCAGAAUCUACACAGUCUGAGCGUGGUGAUGGCACAUCCUCCAGCGACAUCUCUGACAGCGAGGCAGUACCUGCAAGUGAUGUGCCCCAAGACAUCUCAAUCCAGCCGAACCAGCAUAAAUCAGAAGAAAUCAUCUCACUGGAUGACUCUGACACCUCCAAUGAAGUAGAUAUUUGUGAUGCACCUGCUCUGGCAACCCCAAAGAAAGACACACAGGUGACAAGAAUUCUUACAUCACCAGAGACACCAGCCUCGUCCACCAGCUUUGAUUCCUUUCCUGGAGUCUCAACUCCAGGUAAAAUGAAGUCUCCUGUACAUCCUGUCAGCAAGCCUUCGCCGAUACCCACUAAACAUCCUGCCGCUGCCUCAGGAUCCCCAGUUUGUGUUGGCAACUUCCUAGGGUCAGAGAGCAAAAAUGACAGCCUUGUGCCCUGUCAUUAUUGCCCUAAAACUAGGUGUCAGCCUGCUGUGAAGACCUGCCUGGUGUGCGGAGCAUCUAUGUGUAUAGAGCACCUGCAUCCCCACUUGGACUCCCCUGUCUUUCAGAAUCACACCCUGGUCCCUCCCAUGGAGGAUUUUUCCCCCUGGAGGUGCCAGGAGCACCAGGAGAUAAACCGUAUCUACUGUCAACAGUGUGGAGUGUGUGUGUGCACGGUGUGUACGGUCAUUGGCUCGCACCGGGACCACAUCUGCAUCAGCAUCAGGGAGGCAGAGAGAGAGCUCAGGGGGAACCUAAAGGAAGAGAUCAGGCAGCUGCAGGAGGCUGAACAUCAAAUGAAGAACAGGGUGACUGAACUCACACAGAAGAAAGAGACAUUCAGAGUGGUUCUUAGUGAAGCCCGAGCAGGGGUGCAGCAGCAGUACAGAGCCAUCAGAGAGGCCCUGGAGCAGGAGGAGCAAACAGCUCUGGGGUGUGUGACUAAGGAGGAGAACAGGGUUCUGGGGGGACUAGAGGAGAAACUCAGCCACCUUCAGAGCUCCCUGCAAUCCGUUCAGAAAGGCCUCCACACCCUGGAGGCGCUGGCUGAUGCCAAGGGGGACAAACGCAUUCAGGACCAGGUCUUCAUUAUGGAAUACAGCAAGGUUGCCCAACUGUCUAGUGAUAUGGGGAACUAUGUGGACCAGUCCGAGGCUCCAGAGGAAGUAGAUCAAGGCCGUCUGAAUUGUCUGCAGAGGUGGACCGAGAAACGUCUGGACACAGUCAUCAUCACUGUGCCAGGACAACACAGAGACCUCUACAGACUGCUCUAUGGCACUGCUCCCUCCUUGGAUGCAGAUACAGCCCAUCCAAAGCUGCAUCUGUCUGAUAACAACAGGAAAGUGACCUACAGUGAAGCCCAGCAGGCCUACAUGGACCACGAGGCUCGUUUCAGCUCCUUCCCACAGGUCCUGGCCUCCUGUGCCCUGGAGGAGGGGCGCUGGUACUGGGAGGUGAAUGUAUCUGCAGAUGAAGGCCGCUGGAAGGUGGGGCUGUGUGAGGGUCAGAUAGAGAGAAAAGGCCAAAAGGACAACUCUCGUCUGGGCUUCAACUCGUACUCCUGGUGCCUGGCCUGUGACAGAAGGAAGGUGGAGGCUCUGCAUAACAAGGUGGCGGUUCCUGUGGACGCAGAUGGGCUGCAGAGGGUAGGAGUGUUCCUCGACUUUGAUGAGGGUGUUUUAUCAUUCUUUAAUGUGACACCAGGGGGCAGUCUAGCUUUGAUGCAUUCCUUCAAGCACAGGUUUACUGACCCUCUGUACCCAGCCUUGUCUGUGUCUAAAACACACCUGGCCAUCUGUGAUCUGUUUGAGUCGUAAACCAUGCAGUGCUGGCAUGUCGAUCAUGCUGGAAAUUUGCAGAAUACAUGGAAAUGCUGUGCCUUUUUAUAUCUUAAAACCACUUCAUUAUUAAAAAAUAUGUAAACCUGUAAAAGUCUCGGGGAUGAUAAUUUAGUCAUGCACUGUAUGUAAUGCUGUUUUUUAAGCAAAUAUCCCUAAAUGUGAUUUUACAUACAUUUUUAUCAUAUAUGGAACUGGAAUUGUAGUGAACCAGAAAUGCUGUUCAUUAUUCAUGCAACAUUCCAAACAGCUGCAACAUAUUUGUCUUUGUAUCAGAAUUUCAAUUUUCAUGUUUUUUGAAGUUUGCCAAAAAUAGCAAAUGGGCAAGUUUGUACAUUGGAGGCAGAUUAUCAGUGCAUAUUUUUUUUUAAAAAAAGUUGAUUUGGAUAAUAUUUCCAUUUCAAAUGUGUUUUAAAAAUGUUU